AUGGCGUCCGAAAAACACGAUCAAGAUGCCAUCACGGCUCCCCACGGCGUCACUAUCUCCUCCACCGAAACAGGCGACAACAUGAAAGCCGAUGCGGUCAUGCUGCACAAUGCCAAAAAUGCCACUGACAAAGAACACAAAAUGACGCUCUGGCAGGGUUUGAAGCUUUAUCCGAAAGCCGUCGCUUGGAGUGUUCUUAUCUCCACCUGCAUCGCCAUGGAAGGAUACGACGUAUGCCUGUUAUCGAACUUUUAUGCCUUUCCGCAGUUUAAUCGGAAGUAUGGCGAGUUGUUGGCGGAUGGGACAUAUCAGGUUCCGGCGCCGUGGCAGGCGGGAUUGAGCAAUGGUGUGAACGUGGGGGAAAUUAUCGGUCUCCUGUUGAACGGUUGGGUCUCCGAACGCAUCGGAUACAGAUACACCGUCAUGGCGUCCUUGACUCUCAUCAUCGGAUUCACCGCCAUCUUUUUCACAGCUCCCAAUGUGCAGGUCCUACUCGUGGCCGAGAUCCUCUGCGGCAUUCCCUGGGGUGUCUUCCAAACCCUGUCAAUCAGCUAUGCCGCCGAAGUCUGUCCCGUCGCUCUGCGCGGAUACCUGACCACCUACGUCAACUUCUGCUGGGGCCUCGGCCAAGCCAUCGGUCUGGGCGUCAUCAAAUCCAUGCUCGGGCGCGAAGACGAAUGGGCCUAUCGCAUCCCUUAUGCCCUUCAAUGGAUGUGGCCUGUCCCGUUGCUGAUUGGCAUCUUCUUUGCCCCCGAAUCUCCCUGGUGGCUCGUCCGCAAGGGCCGUCUCGCCGACGCCAAAAACUCACUGCUGCGCUUAACCAGCCUCGACCGCGAAACCGACUUCAAUGCUGACGAAACCGUCGCGAUGAUGGUCCACACCAACGCGCUGGAGAAGUCCGUUUCCGAGGGCGCCACCUACCUGGACUGUUUCCGGGGGACGGACUUGCGCCGCACGGAGAUUGUGUGUAUGGUCUGGGCGAUCCAGAACUUGAGCGGCAACUCGUUUUCCAACUACUCGACCUAUUUCCUGCAGCAGGCGGGGCUGUCCACGGAUAAAUCAUAUGAUUUCGCGAUCGGGCAGUACGGGAUCAAUAUGGCGGGUGUGCUUGGGGCGUGGUUUCUGAUGACGAUGGGGAUUGGACGUCGGUCGUUGUAUCUGGUCGGCUUGUGUGCGCUAUUCGUCAUGUUGCUGAUUAUGGGCUUCCUGGGCCUGGUGCCCGACUCGCACAAGGACGCGGCGUCGCUGGCAACAGGCAGUUUCAUGCUGGGGUGGGCGGUUUGUUAUCAGCUCUCCGUCGGCACGGUGUGCUACUCGCUGGUUGCGGAGUUGUCGACGCGCAGGCUGCAGAUCAAGACGGUCGUCUUGGGAAGAGCCAUGUAUAUCGUGGUCAAUAUCAUCUGUAGCGUGUUGACACCCUACAUGCUCAAUCCGGGUGCUUGGGAUUGGGGCAACUUCGCCGGUUUCUUCUGGGCUGGAAGUUGUGGGUUGUGUGUGAUUUACGUGUAUUUCAGGGUACCCGAGCCGGCGGGAAGGACAUUCGCCGAGUUGGAUAUCCUUUUUGAGAGAAAGGUCAGCGCGAGGAAGUUUGCAUCGACUAAGGUGGAUGCAUUUGAUGAGGCGGUAGGCCAUGAUGAUCUGCCGGAGGACGAGGAGAAGGCGAAUGUCGUUCAUACUGAGGAGACCAAGUGA